CAACAGAGUUUAUGGAGGCCUUGACCGCUGAAAAGGGCAUCACUCAUUUUGUGCUCUCCUACUGUGAUAAGCACGAAAUGGGCUCGGCACAAAACUUUGGGGCAUUGAGCUUCAAUGCAAAGAUUCCGAACGGAACACUUUUUACUCCUGUCUAUAUGCCCACCUACUUUUCUGUUUACGUGUCCAACAUCAGAGUCGGGGAAAGCGAGUGGCCGGGCCUCUGCAGCGAGCUGAAUGACGAUCCUGCAAUAGUUGACACCGGUGCCACCAACCUCUUGUUGCCAGAAGAUGUCUUCCGCUGGGUGUUUGACAUGCUUAACGAACAGGGCAAGUACAACCUUUCCUCGGACAUCACCACUGUUUACUGCUUUGAAGAUGGGUUCGUGGUCAACGAUUUCCCCAUCCUGGAAGUGCUCAUGCCGGAUGCGCAAGGCAAUAUUUUCACACUGAAGAUCCCGCCAUCUGUCUACUUUCAAGAGGUCACAUUAAAGCGUGGUGACCACGGUUGCUACAAGCUUGCAGUGGCCGAUUCACCAUCAGUAAGUACUUUGGUGGUCCCAGUGCUUCGGCUGCUAUGUCUCAGCUGCACCUCUAAUGGUGCCGGUGCUCCACCAUGA